AUGGAUACGCCGUCACCUGAGCCCGCUCUGGCGUCAUAUAAUUCCACGUCAGCAGAGGACGUGGAGGAGGUCGAAAUUGAGGAGGUCGACGAGCCGCGUCGCGCGGAUUUUCAGGAGAAAGUGCGCCGAUUGCGGCAGGUUUUGCGGGAUCGCGGGAUCCAGUCCGCGUUGAUCUCGUCCGUCCCAAAUUUCUUCUGGCUCACAUCCGGCGGUCGAAAUUACGUCAGCCUUUACACCCAACAGGGAGUGGCGUCUAUGUUUGUGGACGCGGACAGGGUGGUGCUGGUAACCAGUAACAUUGAGGCGGAGCGAAUCACAGCAGAGGAGCUCGCAGGGCUUGGCAGUAUUCAGGUGUUCGCCAAGCCGUGGUUCUGGGACGAUUCGGCCCACUUGAACAGGCUCAUGACGCUAGGUCGCGGGUUCAAGCCUGAGUCAGACACAGGGGACAUUCUCACCCCAAUAUUCGCUGACCUACGAGCUACCCUUACCCCCUUCGAAGUGGGUAAAUACCGGAUUCUAGCCCGGCAGUGCGGGGAGCUUCUGGGGGAGGUGGCGCGGGGGUUGAGGAAGGGGAUGACUGAGAAGGAGGUGGCAGGGGCGGUGGCGGGUGCGUGUUAUGCGAGGGGAAUUCACCCUAUUUUAUUGCUGGUGGGCGCGGAUGAGAGGAUGGAUAAGUGGCGGCACCCGCUGCCCACUUCUAAUGUGGCCAAGUCACGCCUCCUCAUAACGCUCUCCGGGCGGCGUCACGGGCUCAUCGCCUCUCUCUCCCGCGUCGUCCAUUUCGGCCCGCUCCCCGCCGACUCGCCCCUUCGCUAUAAGCACGCAGCAGUCACCUACGUGGACAGUGUCGCCAUCGCCAGCACGCGUGUCGGCGCCACGUCAGACGCAAUCAUGGCAAGAAUCCAGCGGGCCUAUGAGGAGCGAGGGUUUCGGGAUGAGUGGUUGCACCACCACCAAGGGGGGGCGACGGGGUACAGGACUAGGGAGUGGAAAGCGGAACCGGGUGUACGUUAUUAUGUGGGCUCACCGCAAGCAUUUGCAUGGAAUCCCUCUAUAGCGGGUACAAGAUCGGAGGAUACGAUUUUGGUAGGGGGGGGUGGGGACGAGGGUGGUGGAGUGGGGGAUGGAGGAGUGGAGGGAGCGUGUCCUGAAGUCUUGACGGCGACGCCUGAUUGGCCGAUGAUCCAGCAUGUAGUCGAUGGGAUUGAAGUUAUGAGACCAGAUGUGUUGGAGGUUCUGGACUGA